UUGAAUAUGCAAUCCAUCCAGACAGAGUAUUACUAUUAGUUAACGACUCGUACCAUUAUCCGGUUGUACCCUGAAACACAAACAACAGAAACUCUCUCGCUCAAUGGAUCUUCAAUCUCCUUGUAGCGCUUGCACUUCCCUUCACCGAAAACCUCCUCUUGUCCGGCGACUAUCUUCUCUCAAUUCCGUCAACUUCCCUUUGAACUCCGUCAAAUGCUGCCGGAAAACUCCACCGAAGGUUCUAACUCCCGUUGCCGUCGCCGUCUCUGGCCAAAAUGGUAGCAGCUAUUCUCCAUCAGUUCCCACUCACAAAGUCACCGUUCUCGACCGCCAACGUGGCGUAGUUCACGAAUUCCUCGUCCCCGAGGACCAAUAUAUACUUCAUACUGCAGAGGCUCAGAACAUUACGCUACCCUUCGCUUGCAGGCAUGGAUGUUGCACAAGCUGUGCUGUUCGUGUAAAAUCCGGGCAACUUAGACAACCCGAGGCAUUAGGGAUAUCUGCUGAGUUGAAGUCUAAGGGUUAUGCACUUCUUUGUGUGGGAUUUCCGUCAUCUGACCUUGAAGUUGAAACACAGGAUGAAGAUGAGGUAUAUUGGCUUCAAUUUGGGAGAUAUUUUGCUCGAGGACCUAUUGAGAGAGAUGACUAUGCAUUGGAAUUAGCUUUGGGAGAUGAAUAACCUUUCAAGAGUUAGACAAUAUGGAAUCAAAAGCAAUAUGUGCUUUCUUAAUGACAUCUUGUUAUGGCUUAAUGUUCUUUAAAGUCUUGAAGAGCACAUCAGCGUGAGGUGCACUUUCAUCUCAAUUAAUGAGAACUUCCUAGUUAUUGAGCAUUAUUAAACACAUUGUAAAAAAAGAGUGUUAUUGAACACUCACAAAACUUCUAACUCUGACCAGUAAAUGGAUGAUAUCUUUUAGAAUUGGA